AUGUCUAGACUAAACAGAUUCCCUUGUCGAUGGAUAUCUUGUGAAAGAAGCUUUGAUAAUCCAGAAGACCUGUUUAAUCAUCUUUCAGACGAUCACGUAGGCAGAAAAGCAACAAACAAUCUGUGUUUACAGUGCCAAUGGAACAGCUGUGGAACGGUAGCUGCUAAACGAGAUCAUUUAGCCAGCCACUUACGAGUGCAUUUACCGUUGAAACCACAUCAAUGCCCACUUUGUAGUAAAGGAUUCAAACGACCUCAAGAUUUAAAGAAGCAUGAAAGGAUUCAUACAGUAGAGCAUCAAGCCUCUCUGCUUAGCAACCAACCUGGAUACAAACCCGUGCGUAGAAGAAGAAAGACAACGACAGAACCCAGUAACAAGACAACUACUAAUGCUACUACUACUACUACUACUACUACCAGCCACCAGCAAACAGCCUAUGCCUCUCCUCCCAAAGAUGCCUCAGAAAUGUCAUCUUCCGAUCUAUCUUCAUACAGUCCUAGUUACUAUAGUAUAUCAUCCAAUCCCAACAACUACUUGCAACAACAACAACUACAACAAGAUGCACUCCAAGACUUCAUUGUCGAUGUAUUGCAAAAUCACUCUUUACCAACAUACGAUGAAGACAUGAUGAACAGACUCAACUCUAUUGCGCCUGCAUUGCAUUAUCAACAACAAGAUACGAAUUGGUCUCUGCCUUGUGAACCUGACGCUAUACCUGCCCUGCAAAAUUGGCUCGAACAAUUGUCAGCCAACAUUCACACAGAUGAAAAUAUCUAUCCUGAUAUCACCGUGUCCUCUUCCACCCAACAGCCACAGUCAUCCAUGCCUUCUACUGAUUUACUUACGACAGACGAUUACGACUUAUAUCCAAAAUUAAACAGCACUGAUAACGCAUGGACCUCCCCAUCACCCAACAUGGCAGCAGCAGCAACUGCUACGACGAGCCUGAGCCCGUCUCUUUAUCCUCACCACAAUUCAGCAACCAGCGAAUCCUCUGCUGUUCAUACACCUCCUUCCUCUGACCUACGCCGUCCAUCAUAUCCACAACAGCAAACUGCACCCAAAUUUUGGUCUCCUGGUUAUAUUCAUUCACCAGCAUUCAAUGCUAAUGCCUUUUCUUCUGCCUCUGCUACCACAGCUUCCUCCUCCACCUCCUCCUCUUCACCUACCUCUUUCAUCAAGCCAUCUGAUGCUAUCGAUUUCUCAUCACCUACGCAUAGCAAUCACUCAAACGAGCCCAACAAAGUCUUUGAAACAAGUGUCACUGAAGCCUUUACCUUGACGCCCGUCUACGAUAAAGCAUCAGCUGUUUCUUUUGACAACAAAAAGGAACUGAUGCACAUGAUGAAUGUGUUUUCAUCGUCAAAAGAUGAUCAAAAAUACAAAUCAGAGCAAGGAUCCAAGCAAGAGCAACAAGAGGAGUCUGACCAAGAUCAGCAUGAUUCAGAAGAGAAAGGUGCAUCAGAACAAGAAGACGGUGCAUCAGACGUCGAUGAUGAUAGCACAGACUCGAUUCCAUUUGCUCACCACAUUCAAGACGAUGACGACGAAGAAGAAAAAUCACCUUACGCUGAUCUCGUUGGACUCAUCAAGAACCUCAAGGUAGAAGACGAGGAGACGAUCCGCAAACGCCAUGCAUUAUUAGUGGAUCAACUUUGGAAAGCUGUUUCACGAGUUGCUUAA